ACAUUAUCGGCUUUUGAAGGGGGGAAAAGGCAUGACGUUUCGGUAAAUCGAGGGUCGAAUGUCAACCAGCUUCUCGUCGGCAUCACGAGAGUCUUUUUGUCGGCAUUGAAUCGACUGAAUAUACUUGUCUUGUUGUUUCUGCUCAUCUUUCUUGUUCUUUGCAUACCUUACACCUUGCAACAGACUCACCACAACAUAAUGGCCACCGUACAACAACUCUUCUCGCUCGAGGGCCAGACGGCUCUAGUCACUGGCGGUACUCGUGGUAUUGGUCAAUCAAUGGCCAUUGCCCUCGCUGAAGCCGGCGCAGACAUUUUGCUAGUACAGCGCGACGAAUCAAACCAAUCCACAAGAGAAGAGAUCCAAAGGCUAGGACGCAAAGCCGAUAUCUACACAGCCGACCUCGCAUCAAGAGAAUCCGUAUCCGCCCUCGUCAAGAAAGUCGUCUCGGACGGCCACCAAAUCCACAUCCUGCUCAACUGCGGCGGCAUCCAACGAAGACACCCCGCACACCAAUUCCCCGACAACGACUGGGAUGAAGUCUUGAACGUCAACUUGAACUCGGUCUUUACACUCUGCAGAGAUGUAGGCGCACACAUGCUUGAACGCGACGUGGAUCAAUAUGGUCGCAGAGGUGCCAUCAUCAACAUUGCCUCAUUACUGUCUUUCCAAGGUGGCUUCACAGUACCCGCUUAUGCUGCUUCCAAAGGCGGUGUCGCUCAAUUGACAAAGGCCUUGUCAAACGAGUGGGCAUCCAAGGGUAUCAAUGUCAAUGGCAUUGCACCUGGUUACAUUGCGACUGAGAUGAACGAUGCUUUGAUGAAGGACAAGACGAGAAGUGAGCAGAUCAUGGCUAGAAUUCCCGCUGGCAGAUGGGGAAAGCCCGAGGAUUUCAAGGGUCCUGUCGUCUUUUUGGCUAGCAGAGCGAGUGGUUAUGUCAGCGGUGAGAUUCUGACUGUUGACGGUAGCUGGAUGGCUAGAUAGAUGCUUCUACAUGUUACUCUUCUUCUAAAACAUAUUUUCCAUAUCCAUA